AUGAGCCCAAGCGUUGAGAUUGCGUUUAAGAUGAAAUUUUUCAACGGAACAAACUACACCUUGUGGGCGUUCAAGAUGAAGGUGUUCCUCAUGUCUAAGGGACUAUGGGACGCGGUGAAUGGUGGAGCGGCCGUCACAGCAGCUCAGGAGCAGCAGGCGCACGCAGCGAUCGUGUUGAACCUGAGCUACGCACAGCUUCUACACGUCGUUUGCACGGAGAAUGCACGCGAUGAAUGGUCAGCUCUCGCUCGAGUUCAUCGGACUCACGACAUGGCAAGUCGGCUGUGGCUAAAGGAAAAGAUUGCGUCUUUCAAGUACACGACGCCGGACAUGACAUUUCACGUCAUGGAGCCGGAGCAAAUGGUGCUGAAGAUGAAUGGAGCUUAG